AAACAGAAACAAAUCCUAGUAAAGUUUGAAAAUAUUUCAAUAAUUGAACUUGACUGAUAAUAAAUAAAUGAUGAGGAAAAAUUCCCAGACCUUCUUUUAUUUGAUAUUGCUCGUGUUUAUUCUAAUUGCAUUUUGUUUAUGUGUGUUAAUAACUGCAAUGCUUUUAACAUUUCGUUAAUCUAAAGACGGACCUAUAGAUUUUCUUGACUGAAUAUGUAUAUAAUGUAAUAAUAAUGGUAUAAAUUUUUUAGACUUCCAAACAUAAUACGUGGAACUUGAGGUCGGUAAACAAUAUUUUUAAUUAUCAAACUUGUAUACCUAUACAUCUAGGUGUUACAACUAAAAAAAAAAUUUUAAAACAAGUGAACAAAUUAGUCGCGCACAUUAUUACAAGAGAGUGACACGUUGAUUUUCUCCAAUAUGCCACCAAGAAAAAAUAAAUGUGGCCUACUGGCUAGGGUUAAUUUUCCCUUAUAUACUGUACAAAUGUUAACAAAUAGACAUAUUCUCGUCGGAGGUGGAGGUGGUUCCGCAAAAACUGGCGUUGCCAAUGGAUUUGAAAUAUUUGAAUUGUCACACGAUGGAUAUCAAUUUGUUGCUGAAGAAGUAACACGUCAUGAAACAGGUCCCAGUGUUGUAAUGAAUUGUGCUACAUUUAGUGAUAAGAAAAGAUCAUGGAUUGCAGCUGGUCAGGAAAGUCAUUGUCAAUUAUACAAUAUACAUUCGAAAAUUGUCACAGUCGAAAAUGGUGAGAUUCCAAAAAAAUCCGGAAAUUUAACCUCAGGUCUUAGGCAACGAAAUAAAAGUGAAGAUAAUUCGUCAAAUAAUUGCGAAAGAAUAGAAGAAGUCAAGGAUAGUAAUUCGAAUUUAAAGAGUAAACGUUUACAAUUAAUUGUUAAACCUAUGGACAGUAUACAAACAGAUUUCGGAGAUUUGGAACCACUUCAAAGAAUCGUGCGAAUAAGUUCAAAUGGAGAAUUAAUGGCAACCGGUGGUACGGACGGUCGAAUUAGACUUUGGAAAUUUCCCGAGCUCAUUAAAGUUCACGAUUUAGAGGCUCACAAAAAAGAAGUGGACGAUAUAGAUUUUAAUUCAGCUGGCAAUUUACUUGUGUCAAUAGCAAAAGAUGGCAAAGCCUAUGUUUGGGAUAUAACAUGUGAAAUGAAAAAGAAAGAACUCACUUGGAAUGUACCAGGAAAUAUGAAAUAUUUAUAUAAAAGAUGUCGAUUUAGAGAUCCAGAUGAAAAAAUACCAAAAAAUCAAUUAUUAACAUUGUCAAAUUCAAUUGUGGGGAAAAAUCCAAGUUUUCUUCAACUUUGGAAUGUUGAUGCUGGUGUAAUUAUGAAAUCGGUAUCAUUUCAAGAGACACUUUCGGCAUUGGCAGUUUCUGAUAAUGGACAAUUGGUCGCUGUUGGAACAAUGUUUUCGGGAAGUGUCGAUAUGUUUAUUGCAUUUAGUUUACAAAGAGUUCUUCACAUUCCCGGUGCACACAGUAUGUUUGUGACUGGUCUUGAAUUUUUACCCACAAAACAUGAUGGUCCAACGAUAACGAGUAAUGCUGAAGCGGCUGUUGUUAGUAUUUCCGUUGAUAAUAGGAUUUGCAUUCACAGCUUGCCAUAUAGAUAUACAAUUCCCAUUUGGGUGGUAGUAGUCCUGAUUAUUUUGAGUAUCGGCUGUGCAUUUAUAUUCUGCAGUUACAUGGGAUUAUAGUCUAUUGAAAUCAAAUUUUAGUGACAAAUCUUCAGGAAACCGUCUUUUUAUCAAUACAAAAAAAAAUAGAAUUUAUUAAAAUUUAGAAAUUACUCUUACGUUAAAAUAAUGGGGGAAAAAAUGGUCCAUUUUUCAAUAUUCAGAAAAAUAAUUCGUGGAAAUUUGUUUUUCUAAAAAAAUAAUCUAGAUUAAUUGUUAUUUGUUUUGUGAAAAAAUUUGUUUUAAAAAGUUUCGUACGUUUGGAAAAUUAUUUAUGCGUCUCGUGAGAAUUUUGUAGUUUUUUUUUUCGUUUGUUUGUGUCAAUGUCUUACACUGGAUUUUGUAGUUACAUUGAAAUGGAAAUAGAAAUACAUUUUUUAGUAAGAAAAUUA